AUGGACCUCCUGCACAGCAUCCAGAUCCCCGCAGUGGACAACGCCGUCUGCGCACAGCUGCUGCUGCCCAGCAUCGGCGCGGGCCAGCUGUGCGCGGGCUACGCCGAGGAAGGGCGCAACGCCUGCUCGGGCGACUCCGGAGGCCCUUUGGUAGCCAAGGGCGGAGCCUCCGGGCCCUUCGUGCAGCACGGCCUCGUGUCCCUUGGGCCCUUCUGCGCCUCGCCGCGCUCUUACGUUGUCUACACGAACGUGGCCGCGGAGAAGGCGUGGAUCGAAAAUUGUUCUCAAAUAUUGUAUUCCUGUUCAUCUCAGUAUUACAUUCAGGAUAAAUUUCAAGGUGCAACAUCAACAUUUACUUGA